AUGUCACGAUGUUUUGUGAGACACCUUUUGAUCAAUGUUCACGUUCACAGCUACGACAGCCGCGUUCGAUUGCUUGAUGUUCGGCAACCACAAACACCUCUUAUGGAAGUCGACGUUGGUGGUGGUGCCUGGAGAGUAAAAUGGCACCCGUCCCACAAAAACGAUCUUUUGGUCGCGUGUAUGCAUGAUGGCUUCAAAGUGGUGCACUUUGACUCCGACAAGUAUUCUGCGCAUGUUAGUAAGAGAUAUGAUGACCACGAGUCACUGGCAUAUGGCGCAGAUUGGUCGUUUAAGCCAGGAAACAAUGGUGAAAGCGUCAUUGCGAGUUGUUCAUUCUAUGAUCAUAGCUUGCAUUUAUGGAGUGCCUGA